GCGCAGUCGAGGUGCCAGCGUCCUUGAAGCAGUACCGAAAUCACCAGCCACUACACACAGCAGGAUGCAGAUUGUCCUUCCGCGCUCGCUCCGCCUCAUGAUGGUGCUCGCCAUCGCCACGUCCCUCGUGGUCGCGCCUGUCGAUGCCAAGCUCCAGCGCGGGCCCGGCGCCGCGACGGCCGAAGAGAUUCGCUCGAUCAGCCAGCGCCGCAUGCAAGAGCGCGAGCGCCUCCGCAACGCCCAGGAAGGCGAGUUCUGGGCCCGUCGCGGUCUGUAGUCAAAGCAUUUUACGACGUCAUCACCUCUAUAAUGGAACCCUUGUAUUGUCACACGGCAAA